CCUUUCCCACUAUGUCACCGUCGUCUACUGAGAUUUACGCAAAACUACAAUCUGUCCAAAUCACGCCUACAUGCAGACUAAUCUCUUGGAUACAAUUUGUCAGAACUUCUUUGUGCAAUGGAUCCAAAGCGGAAGUUGUAACUUAACCCUCUCUUGUAACUUGGGUUUGGAUUUCUUGUAGGAAAAAGCGAGCAGCUUUAACACAAAGUAGUGGGGGUUGAAGUUUUUGGGAAAGCCCUUUUUUCUGGGAUUGCUGACGCGUCCUGCGUGCCGAAGCUCUGAGGACUCACAGCUUCCAGCUUCCACCAUGUCUCUUUACUUUCUAGUUUUGUUGGCCUUUGUUUUACCGACUGAAUGUUACUUCUCGGAGGAAAAGUAUCCAGAGGAAUCGAAAAUGCAGCCUCCGACCGUGGUCGUCGCGAUUAUAGCCCGAAACACUGCUCACUCCUUGCCGUACUACCUUGGAGCUCUGGAGAGACUCAACUACCCCAAAGACCGCAUCUCUGUGUGGGCAGCCACAGACCACAACGCAGACAACACCACAGCCAUACUGAAAGAGUGGCUCACUGUGAUGCAGAAGUUUUACCACUAUGUGGAAUGGAGACCCCUGGACAAGCCCACGUCGUAUGCAGGAGAGUUUGGUCCCAAACACUGGCCAAACAGCAGAUAUGAGUAUGUGAUGAAGCUGAAGCAGGCAGCACUCAACUUCGCAAGAAAGCGCUGGGCUGAUUACAUCCUGUACGCAGACACAGACAAUAUCCUCACCAACCCAGACACACUCAACCUGAUGAUAGCAGAAAAUAAGUCUGUCAUCGCUCCCAUGUUAGACUCGCAGGGAGCUUACUCGAACUACUGGUGCGGUAUCACUCCUCAGGGAUAUUAUCGUCGAACAGCGGAGUAUUUCCCCACCCGACACCGCCACAGACUGGGCUGCUUCCCCGUGCCAAUGGUCCACUCCACCAUGCUGCUGGAUUUAAGGAAGGAAGGCAUGAAGAAACUGGCCUUCUUCCCUCCUCACGAUGACUACUCGUGGCCUUACGAUGACAUCAUUGUGUUUGCCUUCUCAUGCCGAGCUGAAGAGAUACAGAUGUACCUGUGUAACAAGGAGCGCUACGGCUACCUGAACGUCCCGGCUAAACCUCAGCACACUUUGGAAGAUGAUCACCUCAACUUUGUCCAUGUGCUUCUAGAGUCCAUGAUCGAUGGUCCUCCCAUGAAGCCGUCUCGUUUCGUCCACAUGUUCCCCAAACAGAGAGACCUCAUGGGCUUUGAUGAGAUAUAUCUGAUUAAUCUGCGGCGGCGUCAGGACCGCAGAGACCGCAUGCUCCACUCUCUGAAUGAGCUGGAGAUUGACGUGAAGGUGGUGGACGCUGUGGAUGGGAAUGCACUUAACAGCAGUGACAUUAAGAUCCUGGGUGUGGACCUGCUUCCAGGCUACUAUGACCCAUUCUCUGGACGCACCCUUACCAAAGGAGAGGUGGGCUGCUUCCUCAGCCACUACUUCAUCUGGAAGGAGAUGGUGGACAUGCAGAUGGAUAAGGCUCUGAUCUUUGAAGAUGAUGUUCGGUUCCAGGCCAACUUCAAACGACGAAUCCUUAGAUUGAUGGAGGAGGUGGAGCAAGUAGAGCUGGAUUGGGACAUCAUAUACUUGGGUAGAAAGCAGGUGAAUCCUGGAAAAGAGGAGGCAGUGGAGAAAGUACAGAAUUUGGUGAUGGCUGACUACUCGUACUGGACUCUGUCCUACGCCAUCUCGCUUCAGGGAGCCCAAAAACUGCUCAAUGCUGAGCCACUGUCCAAGAUGCUCCCUGUUGAUGAAUACCUCCCCAUCAUGUAUGACAAACAUCCAAAUGAGGACUACAGUUCCCAUUUCCCCAACAGAAACUUACAAGCCUUCAGCACACUCCCUCUUCUGGUUCAGCCAUGCCACUACGCCGGUGAUCCUGAGUGGGUGAGUGACACAGAGACGUCGACUCUGUGGGACGAUGACAAUGUUCGCACUGAUUGGAGGGGUUCCCACAAGACCUUGAAAGGGUCUGCGCCGCCCGAGAUGCUGUCAGCUGCCUACAGGGACGAACUUUAGUACAAACACACAGAGCUGUGGAAAACCAGCUGCGGGCCAAAGGUCAGGAGGUCAGACAGCGAUACGCUGAGGAGAGAAAGUGAUCUCUGACUUUAUUUCAGUCCACUCUGUGUCCCACCACUGACAUGCUCAGGGACAAACUGAACUCUGGGUUUUUAAAGCAUGUUAGCGGGUGUUUCAAAAAGAGGAUUUCUUUUAAUAGAAAAAUAUAAGGGACGGUGAAAAUGUUUUAAUACUUUACUGAUAUCUCAGCAGUUUUGACUUGAAUGUUCAAACAAAAAAUUCUAUUUCAUUCGGUUCUUCAGUUUGUCUCUUUGAGUUUCUCUAUUUGUGCAUGUCUUUCUUGUUAUUGUUUAGAGGCCAUUGUAUUUAAAAAGAAACUGAAAAGAAAUGUUUAAAAAUGUCCCUGAUUUCAUAAACAGAUUUAAAGCUAAGGUACCUCAGUUUCUAGGGAAUGUGCAAGACUUACAUUUUCUUCAGGAAGUUUGCUGUGAGGGGAACACGCUGAAUGUUUGCGUUAAAAUUAAGCUUUCAAAAAAUGAACUGCAACUUUAAGCUUGAACUCAUGAGAUUAACUUCUACUCUACGGCUGAGUUUGAGUAUUUACAUUCAGAAAGAGAAAUGUACUAUUUAUAUUUUUAACACUCCCAAUUCUUCUGCCUACUGGUCACAUUGUGGCUUUAAUUGUUGUAUUUUCCUGAGCUUAAAUGGUUUUCUAAAGACUUAAAAUCAAGUGAUAUAGGCUUUGAUUUAGGACUAAGACUUCUCUUGCAUAACUUCAAACCAAACAAGUUCCCUUGGGAGUACAUACCAUUUUGCAGAAAAUUGUAUAUCAGGGUGUGACUCCACUUGUCAAGCUUAAAUUUUAUCAACAUGGUGGUAAACAUUGAUCUAGUUUUUCCAGAGUGCCUCUGCAGUAAGAACCGCCUUCUUUCCUGCCCUCACCUGUUAGAAAUGUACCCACAGGUGUAGCAGACGUCUGUGAAACUAUAGCAGCCAUCUUUACAUUACCACAUGUCUCCUCAAAGCUAAUUAAAGUGUCUGUUUUUCUGCACAGGUUUGAAAUGCAAGUACAUUCAUCUCUCUAGUAUUGCUUCAUGUUGUCUCUUUUUUCUCUUAUUUUAAAUGUUGAUUUCUAUUUUUUAUUUCUUUAUUUAUUUGUAAAGUCUUUCUUGAUGUUGUUCAUUGAUAAAUCCGAACUGGUACGAUGUAAACAAUCAAGGUUCAAUGACUAGUCUGCCAAAAUCCUCUCUCUCUCUCUUCUUUGUCUGAGAUGUAAUAAAACCAGAUGUUUGGACAAUUGUAAAGCAGACUUUUCAAGCGUUAAUAAAGAUUAGGUUUUUUCAAAUUUUC